UGCCUAAGAGCCCUGUGCAGCCUCACCGGCUCUGGGUAGGCGCUCUGGUGCUCACCGAGGAAGCUUCCUUGGCUGCACUGAUCUUAAUGAUUGAGCCCUUGGAGCAGCAAGAUUGUUAAUCUUGGUUGCUCCUUUGGCCUGUCUAUCCCUUACCUUUCUAUUGCAUAUGAACUUUCCUUCUUUCUGCACAUCGUUUGUCGUCGGCGUCGUGGAGAUCGUCGUGGUGCUCCGGUGGUGGUCUUCGUCCGCUUAGAAUAGUGUAGUUAGUUAGGGGCCUUCAAAGAAGAAAGAAGAAGCGAUUGGCGCGGAGAUGCUGGAGGUGUCAGUUACUAUGCUAGAGUAGGAUAGUGAAACAAUACCAGCCAAACCUUUCCGGGGGGCGCAGGUUGCCCACAGGAGGUCGACUUGCCGGCGCUGUCCUUCGCGCCGAGCUCCCUCCAUCCUUCUUUCCAUCUGCGGCGCGCAGCUCAGAGCAGCGCACUGACUGCCGCGGGCUCCGCUGGGCGAUUGCAGCCGAGUCCGUUUCCCGUCUAGCUGCCGCCGCGGCGACCUGCCUGGUCUUCCUCCCGGACGCAAGCGGGUUGUCAACUAAUACCUGCAAGCAUAGGCCAAUGAACACCAUCUUUCCAAAUUAACUGGAAUGAAACCAGUCUGUUAAUUUCCCAAUUCUCAGUUUGAACCUCUGGUUGCUUAAGACUGAAGCAAUCAUGGUGAACCUGAGCGAUGCGGUGCACCCAGUCCUUGUGCACCUAAUCGGCCUAUUGGUUUGGCAAUUCGAUAUUUCCAUAAGUCCAGUAGAAGCUAUAGUAACUGACACUUUUAAUUCCUCCGAUGGUGGACGCUUGUUUCAAUUCCCGGACGGGGUACAAAACUGGCCAGCACUUUCAAUCGUCGUGAUUAUAAUCAUGACAAUAGGGGGCAACAUUCUCGUUAUCAUGGCAGUAAGCAUGGAGAAGAAACUGCACAAUGCAACUAAUUACUUCUUAAUGUCCCUAGCCAUUGCUGAUAUGCUGGUGGGACUACUUGUUAUGCCCCUGUCUCUGCUUGCAAUUCUUUAUGAUUAUGUCUGGCCAUUACCUAGAUAUUUGUGCCCCGUCUGGAUUUCACUAGAUGUGCUAUUUUCAACUGCGUCCAUCAUGCACCUCUGCGCCAUAUCGCUGGACCGGUAUGUAGCAAUACGUAAUCCUAUUGAGCAUAGCCGGUUCAAUUCGCGGACUAAGGCCAUCAUGAAGAUUGCCAUCGUUUGGGCAAUAUCAAUAGGUGUUUCAGUUCCUAUCCCUGUGAUUGGACUGAGGGACGAAAGCAAAGUGUUCGUGAAUAACACCACGUGCGUGCUCAAUGACCCGAACUUCGUUCUCAUCGGGUCCUUCGUGGCAUUCUUCAUCCCGUUGACGAUUAUGGUCAUCACCUACUUCUUAACGAUCUACGUCCUGCGCCGUCAAACUCUGAUGUUACUUCGAGGCCACACCGAGGAGGACCUGCCUGAAAUCAGCCUGAACUUCCUGAAGUGCUGCUGCAAGAAGAAUGCCGGUGAUGAAGAGAACACAGAGAACCCCAACCCGGAUCAGAAGCCGCGUCGAAAGAAGAAAGAAAAGCGUCCGAGAGGCACCAUGCAAGCUAUCAACAAUGAAAAGAAAGCUUCCAAAGUCCUUGGCAUUGUAUUCUUUGUGUUUCUGGUCAUGUGGUGCCCGUUCUUCAUCACCAAUAUCCUGUCGGUUCUUUGUGAGAAGUCCUGUAACCACAAGCUAAUGGAGAAGCUUCUCAAUGUGUUUGUUUGGAUUGGCUAUGUGUGUUCAGGCAUCAAUCCGCUGGUGUACACUCUCUUCAACAAAAUUUACCGAAGGGCUUUCUCUAAAUAUUUGCGAUGCGAUUAUAAGCCAGACAAAAAGCCUCCAGUCCGACAGAUUCCUAGGGUUGCUGCCACUGCUUUGUCUGGGAGGGAGCUCAAUGUUAACAUUUACAGGCAUACCAAUGAACGAGUGGCUAAGAAGGCUAAUGACCCGGAGCCUGGCAUAGAGAUGCAGGUGGAAAACUUAGAACUGCCAGUCAAUCCCUCCAAUGUGGUCAGCGAGAGGAUUAGUAGUGUGUAAGCAAGAACAGCACAGCCUUCCUACAGGAAAGCUCUUGUAGGAAAGUUCCCCCCACCCUGUGAUUUUCCUAUGGAUCACAACUAAUGUAAAUACUGCUGUGUGACAAAACAGUGUUUUUAUAAAUAGCUUUGCAACCCUGUACUUUACAAUCACGCGUUAUUAGUGAGAUUUGGGGUUCUAUAUUUACUGUUUGUGAUAGAUGGAGACUAAGUUAUUUUGAUUCCUUGAUGAAUAGUAGUGUUUGUGUUUUUUCUCUCCCUUCCCUCCUUAUUCGCUGCCUUCCUUGGUCCUUCUUUCCUUUCUUCCUUCCUAUCUCUGUUUCUUUUGUGAAUGUGGAAAUGUUGAUGUUCAUCUCAGGUGGCAUUUGCGGGAGACCAGAAUGAUGCACAUGACUGUGGUGAUAUUUCUAACCACACCUAAACUGACAAAUUCGGUGGCACUUUUUUCCAGGUUAACAGUAAAUAUGUACUUUAAAUUCUCGCUCUGCUCAUCUACACACAUCAACACAGUGAGAUAGGUUCUUCCCAUUGUGAAAACUAUCCAUCAGUGAGUCAGAGGCAGAAUUAAACUUUGUUGUUACACAUCGGGGUAAAUUUUGACAUUGUCAGAAUGUUGUGUCAGUUUUUUGCUGCAAUGUCUGUCCCCAAACAUAGUGGUAUUUUCACAUAGCAGCUGGUUAACCAGGACUACAGAAGUGGAAGGAUGCUAAAGAGAUAUACACACCAAACAGCUUUUCACUUCUUAAAGACAACGUUCAAAUUCUGAUUCUUGCAACAAGCAAACUGGAAUUAGUGUUUUCAUUCUGGUCCUUAGUAAAUACCUAAUUCCACAAUCAACCUGGGAAACAAAGUCCCAGAGUUAUUCCCCAGUCCAGAAUUCAACAUCAAUUGGAUUUUGAUCUCAGAAUUCUGGAAACUCGUGUGCUACACACAACGUGAAAUUUGCAUUUUGAGCCUUAUUAAAAUAUUUUCUUAAUUAUGGUACCUCUAUCUAUAGGACCCAAAUUAGCAGUCCAUUUUUAAGUAAAACUCGUCUGAGAAGGGUAGAGAAGCAUGACCUUGGAAGUUUUACUUGAUUAAGGACUACUGAAUUAGGCCCUUAGAAUGUGAAAAAAAAGUAAUUUAAACAGACGCUUUUAUUGAACUCUGGGAAGAAUAGAAAUACAGAGUUUCCAUUUGGAUUUUAAUCAAAAUUUAUCUCGUUUUCAGAUCCUUCCAAAUUCUCUAGUACAGGAAAAGGCUGCAGCUAAAUUGUGAACGUGGCAAGCUCUCCAUUGUACUGCAAUUAUGUAUCCGAAUUUUAAAUCUUUGUUCAAAUAUAGUGCUGUGUUCCAAUAAGUGUUGGCCAUUGUUUCACUCAUGGGCCUGCUGCUCUCUAAGAAUUAAGUACCAUUUUAAUGAAAAUGAAAACUAUGAAAAGUUUUCAAACAUUGCUCAAGUCAGAUCAUUAAGUCUAUGCUGUGUGCAGAGUAUCCACAUGUUCCCAGUAACUGUGUUUCCAUGUGUGUCCAUUUCACACAACUGUGGAUAAAUUUCUGAAGAAUUCAUGAUGCUAUUUCUUAUGCCCGACAGUUACUUGCACACCAUGGAGUGGGCCUCUUAGGAUCUUGAAAUUGAUAAAGGCAAGAUUUGAGUUUUCAAACCCCUCAGAGUGUGUUCUCAAUACACAGCAUAGAAAAAAUUCAACAGUCUGCUGCAGGGGCAGUGGAAGAGUGGCUGUAUUUGAGGAAACUCAAACAGUCUCUAUUUGAUUUACAACACUGCCAAAUGUCAGUCAACUGCUUUAGCAUGCCCCAACAUGACAGGAAAGUGGAGACUACUUGCCUGUUAGGUCAGUUGAACUGCAUGUUAAAACAAUUACCCAAAAUUGAACGAGAUGACCUACUUCUCGUUGAAAUGAAAAUGUCUGAAGAAACACAGCAUGCAUUGAGCAUGACUUCUGCACAUACAGAUGGUGCUGUGCAUGUACGCCAUGUAUGUUGCAUGAAUCCACUGAUCCGUAUCAAUGUAAGUCAGAGCAGCUGAUAUAGGAAGUGCUGGCGAAACUCCUUCAGCAGUCCAUAGGAGAUACUCAGAUCUGAAAUAUUGUAUUAGAGAAAAUUGGAAACAUCUGAUUUCUUUCAUAACUAUCAGGGCAAGCUCAUAGCACAUGUUUUACAAAGAAAUAAACUAUAAACCACGGAGUUCCAAAAGCACUAGCAAUAAGUUGAAUGGUAAUAGCUUACAGCACAUUUGUUAAUAAUUCUUAUAUCAUCAAGUAGUAGUACUUAAUAGUACCCAACACAGCAAUUAUCUUCAACUUGUGUGCUAUUCGUAAGUUCUGUGCAGUUUGGUAAAAAUAUAAAAAUAUAUAUUCAUUUGGAAAUAAAUCUUACAGUUCAAUGUUAAAUCUACAAACUUUUAUAAAUGUUUUAAAACAGUCGAUGUGACAAAUGUAAACGUGGUGAAUUUACUGUCAAGUCAUUUUGACGUACUACUGUAUAUGUAUACUGUUUAAGACACGUGCAACAGACUGCCUUAUAUUAUUUCCUGUAAUUUUCCUCCUUUGUCAAAUGGUACUUUUGUGAAUGGUUGCAAAGUGUUGUCUUAUUCCUCCUUCCUGUAUGUUACCUUCUCCUGAGUUUUGUGAGACUUCCUCUUAAUUUAUUAAAUUUAUUAAA